AUGUUAAUCAAAUUUUUGUUUUUGUGGUACUUCAUACAGGAUGCACGGUUUGAAAAGGAAGAAAAAAGGAUUCUUUUAAAUGAUCCCGGUUUAGUGGAGCAAAGGCUGAAUCAUCUUGAGCAAGAAUUACAGAUGCUGAAGAUUGAAAAUCAGAAGCUUAAGGCUUCGCAAUCAGGAAAUAGUGCUGUUUACACACGUUGGGGACGAAAGGAAUGUCCAUCUAACGUAUCAGAGAUAAUAUAUUCUGGAUUUGCCGCAGGCGGAUGGUGGAAUGAUAAAGGAAGUCCAACCAACUAUCUCUGUCUUCCACCAGAUCCCAUACCAAGUGGAAAAUCAGUAACAACAUCUUGCAAUCAUCUCUUUGGUGUGGAAUAUGAAUCGGGAUUCUGGGGACCUCAUUCCCAUAACGAAGAUGCUCCAUGCGCAGUGUGCUCGAGCACUUCUGGGUCCAAAAUGCUGAUGAGACCAGGAAGAGACACAUGCUAUCAAGGUUGGACAAAGCAAUAUGACGGUUAUCUUGGGACUAACGAACUUCAUUACGUAGGGGCAACAGAAUAUGUUUGUGUUGAUCACAGUCCAUCAUAUCUUAAUGCAGGAGAGCGUUCAACCGACGGAGCUUUAUUUCAUCCGGUUACCUACCAAUGUGGGGCGUUACAGUGCCCGCCAUAUACUGGUGACGAAGUCGUCAAUUGUGUUGUCUGUACAAAAUAA